AUGCGUGUCUGGGUCGCUUCUAUAGUCUAUUAUGCUUAUUGCUAUGCCGUAUGCGAGGUUCUCAGAUGGCUUGUAUUAACUGUAGUACCAAAACCACGCCAAUCCUUGACUAUUCAACUAUUAUUAGAGUUUGUGGGUACGCUCCAGAUUUGUGCCCCAAUGUUUGAUGUCGGCACGGUGAUGGAACAUUAUGGAUUAUUUGGUGUUUUUAUCGAAAUUACGGGCCUGGAAAUUGUGAAUAGUUUCGUGCUGCGAGAUGCGGUCGCUCAUCCUUGUCCACUGGUAACAACCUGCUACCGUCGGUCAAAAGCCUUCAGACGAGCUGUUUAUGUCUUUUUCGUCCAGAUUUUGGCGGCUUAUUCGAGCUAUUUUGUGGCUAGGCAAUUCUGGAAAUUCGGGAUCCAUGAUUGUCAUCACGAGCUUUUGGGAGCUUCUACUUGUAGUUCGGAUCUUACUGUCGCCUUGGCUGUCGGAUGCGUUAUCGAAGGAGCAGCCACUUUUAUUGGAAAAGCUUUCGAACAUUUUGCAUCUGAAAGAUACCCCGACAGCACUACUCAAGUGCUUGUAAAUUGCUCAUUUUCUGGAUUUUUGUGUGUCUUAGGAAUCAAUUUCACUGGAAUGUAUGCAAAUCCAAUCGUUGCUUGGGCUUGCACAUUCAAUUGUGAGGGAGUGUCCCAUUUCGGGCACUUAUUUGUCUAUUGGUUGGCCCCAUUGGCUGGAUGGUACGCUGCCGAGAUUUUCUUUGGUUCCGAGGAUAGCGAAGUUUUAUUGGAGGACGAGCCCGAGCCGGAGAAGAAGGAGAAAGCCGUCGAGAGCAAGGCAAAAGAGACGAAGAAGGAGAAA